UUUCAGGUGCACUGGAAUUAAAGUGUAGACCGAUGUGGUACGGUGUGUUGCAUUUUUUGACCCUUAUAGUUACUUUUACCAGUUUUAUCUCUAUACAAAUCACUCAAGCAGUCGACAGAAGUAAUUUCAAGAAAUGUGAACAGUCGGGUUUUUGCAAGCGGCACAGAACACAAGCCGAGAAAGCGGGUUAUGUAGUAGUUGUGGGAAGCGUUACGCGUAAUGAUUCAGCAGUGGUUGCAGAUUUAGAAAGCAGAGUUAAUAGAUUGAAAUUGAGCGUCGUUUCUUUGAGUGAUGCAACAAUCAGAGUAUUAAUUGAUGAAAAAGAACCAUCGGUACGACCACGAUUUCAGCCUUUAGACGCCUUAAAGGAUGGAAACAAUUUAAAAACUGUCGACUUUAAAUCGGUUGAAGUCAACGACAAUUCGACCGUUAUGAUCACAGCAAACAAUGCAAAAAUAUUGUUGAAUUAUGAACCUUUUCGAAUUGAUUUAUUCAUGAAAGAUGAAUUAGUUAUCAGUGUCAACCCUAACAGUGCAUUGAAAUUUGAGCACUUUAGAAAAAAGGAAGAUGGAAAUGAAGCAGAAGCAGCAGAUGGCUUCUGGGAUGAGAAUUUUAAAAAUCAUCACGAUUCUAAACCGUUUGGAUCAAGUUCUGUCGGCGUUGAUCUAUCUUUCAUUGGUUAUAAAUUUAUAUAUGGUUUACCCGAACACGCAGACAGUUUUGCACUGAGAUCUACAACAUCUAUGGAUCCUUAUCGAUUAUAUAAUUUGGAUGUUUUUGAAUUCGAAGUUAAUGAACUCAUGUCUCUAUAUGGCGCUGUACCAUUUUUGUUAGCUCAUAACAAGGAGCAUUCAUUAGGCAUGCUUUGGUUGAAUGCUGCCGAAACAUGGGUAGAUGUUAACUCUUCAACCGCUGACAAGGGUAUCCUGCGUUCAUUUGUUGAGAAAUUCAGAAACUCCGUAGAUUUGCCACAGAUUGAUGUUCAUUUCAUGUCGGAAUCUGGCCUCAUUGAUUUUUUCUUAAUGUUAGGUCCAAAACCUAAUGAUAUAUUUAGGCAAAAUUCUGCACUGACUGGAGUUUAUCCGUUACCGCCCCUUUUUGCACUGGCUUAUCAUCAGUGCAGAUGGAAUUAUAAUGAUGAGGGUGAUGUUCGUGAAGUACAUGCGAACUUUGAUAAACAUGAUAUACCGGUAGAUGCUAUUUGGCUUGAUAUUGAACAUACUGAUGCAAAACGAUACUUCACAUGGGAUCCUAAUAAAUUUUCAAAACCGAAAGAAAUGAUCGAUAACUUGGUAGCAAAAGGGCGCAAAAUGGUCACAAUUAUUGAUCCCCACGUAAAAAAAGACGAUAAUUAUCACAUAUACAAAGAAGCGAAAAAACUCGGCUACUUUGUAAAGAAGAGGGAUGGUGAAGACUACGAAGGACACUGUUGGCCAGGUACAUCGGUAUAUCUUGAUUUUCUAAAUCCAGCAGUUCGUAAUUUCUGGGCAAAAAAAUUCACUUUUGAUCAGUAUGUUGGUUCAACGCAAGAUCUGUUCACAUGGAAUGAUAUGAAUGAACCGGCAGUGUUCAGUGGUCCAGAAAUAACAAUGCACAAAGAUGCUAGACAUUUUGGUGAUUGGGAACAUCGUGAUGUCCACAACAUUUAUGGUUUUUAUUAUCAUUUAUCGACUUAUCUCGGCCAUUUGGAACGUACAAAUGGUCGCAGACGACCGUUUAUAUUGACCCGAUCAUUUUUUGCUGGUAGCCAACGUACAGCAGCUGUAUGGACCGGUGAUAAUACAGCAAGUUGGGAACAGUUAAAAGUAACUGUACCUAUGCUACUCUCAUUGUCUAUUUCUGGCAUACCACAUGUUGGCGCUGAUGUUGGUGGUUUCUUUGGUAAUCCAGAUGAACAACUUUUAAUACGUUGGUACCAGGUCGCUGCUUUCCAGCCAUUUUUUAGAUCUCAUUCCCAUAUUGACACGAAGCGCAGAGAGCCAUGGUUAUUCUCAAGUAGCACGAAAUUAGCAAUUCGUCAAGCGAUUCGAACUCGUUAUUCUUUCUUGCCUUACUGGUACACUUUGUUUUACGAACAUACCCUUACCGGAAAACCACCAAUGAGGCCAUUAUGGGCAGAAUUUCCGGACGAUGAAGGUGCAUUUGAUGAAGAACGUGAGUGGUUAUUAGGUUCCAGCUUACUUGUGCGUCCAGUGAUGGACCCAGAUGUGCAGUCCAUCUCAUUAUAUUUGCCGGGUAAAAGAAACGUAAUAUGGUACGAAUGGAAUGAUCACAAGGGUCGUUUAGCUCCUGGUGCUGUUUACAUGAGUACGCCAAUCGAUGUAAUACCGUUAUUCCAACGAGGUGGUACUAUCAUUCCGACAUGGGAAAGAGUACGGCGGGCUUCAUCAUUGAUGUUUCAGGAUCCCAUUACUUUGUACAUCGCAAUAAGCUCUCAUGAUGAUUAUGCAAAUGGGACAAUUUAUAUGGAUGAUGGAGAGACAUUUGAUUACAAAAAUGGUCAGUAUUUCUAUUGGGGUUUUAUCUACAAGAAAGAAGGCGAUCAGUUGCAUUCAAUUUCGUCAAAGAAUUUGGAUAAAGGAGGAAAAUUAGAAAGUGAUGCUGUUAUAGAGAAGAUUAUAAUACGAGGCGUUCGAUACUACCCGACAAAUAUUCAUAUUUAUUUAGAUGAUUGGAAUCCAGAAACUGCUGAUUAUACGCAUGAUCGCGAUGCUCAAACUCUGAUUAUUCGAAAACCGAAUGCUCUAUUAACACAGGAAUUCAGAAUUGAUAUUCAUAUGUAAUUGCUGAACGAUCUUUACGAUCAUUUCAUUUCUGCUUCAUGGACUGAAAUGUAAUAGGACUCUUUUGCAUGAAAUUCGUCACUCUCGGUCUCAAAUUAUCAAUUCCAUUAUACUAAUUUUGGCGGAUUGUAGUUGCUAUAUGUUAUGAUGUUUGUAGAGUUUGUGGUACGAUUUCUCUUCAAAUACAUUUGUUAAAUUGAUGCUCCAGUUUAUAUUAAUGCUCCGAUUGUUAACUUUUUAACUUAUUUCUUAUUAGCCCUCUCUAAAUCCCAAAAAUUUUAGGACUUCAAAUUUCUGGUAAAAGAAUAUUUCAGAGAGUAUACUCACCCUAAUCCCGGGUGACGAUUACUGCCGAGUACUUUAUCUGCUGUCAGCAUAUUACCAAAGGCGAUAAACAUGCUAUUAGUUUCAUAAUUGUUUACGCAUUUUGGAUUUGCAGUGUAAAAUACCUUGACAGGAUACGUUUGUUGUUGGUGCUCUAGUGAUUGUGUUGUUUUUGGCAAAAUUUAUUAAUUUUGUUUAUUUUCUCUUCUCUACUCGGGACGUACGUAAAAAUAAACAUAAACUUCUUUAGGAAAUUAGGGAUAGUUUAAAUCCUGAACAUGGCAGAAAUUUCGUGCAUUGAUUGUAUCAAAUGUUGUCUAAGUCGGUGUGAAUCCUGCAAUAAACAUAAAAACUGAAGAAAUAUUGCGAUGGACCAAUUAACUUUUGUGCUAAAGUAG